GCGGGGGAAAAGCGUUUUUGCGGCUGGAAUUGAGCGGUAGGAAUGUGUCAGUCACAUCCCCACCUUCCCAGUUCUUGUCAUCUCGGUUCAGGAAGGUGAAUGGGGUUCCGAUUCCCCGCGGCGGGGGCCAGCAGUGGGAGCUCUGCCCCUUCCCCGCCUCUGCUGCAGGCCCCGCCCCUCGCCCAGAACCCCGGGGCGCUGGCCGCGGUGCUGAAACGGCGCCCUCCGCGGACGGAGGAGGGGGCGGGGCUCUCGGGAGCUGUGAGCCCGGAAGGGAGACGCGCAGGGCGGCGCCAGCAGGCCCGAGAUCCUGGUGGGCUUGGGAGGAGGCAGGAGACUGGAGACAGCCUCGGCUAGAGCGAACACAGGCACCUGGCAAGCUUCCUUUGACCAAAUCAAGGUUGUCCUUGUCCUAUUAAGCCUCUUCCUCUUGCCUUGAAGGGACCUCACCUGGUGCCCUGACCUCAGCCUCCUCCCCAAACCCCGCUGGGGAGUGACCUGCUUCUAGGCCUCCAUCCACAAAGCCACGGACUUGCAGCCCACGGGACCCCAGCCCAGGGCCUGCUGCCCUCACCAUGGUGAAAUUGCUGCCGGCCCAGGAGGCAGCCAAGAUCUACCAUACCAACUAUGUGCGGAACUCGCGGGCCGUGGGCGUGAUGUGGGGUACGCUCACCAUCUGCUUCUCCGUGCUGGUCAUGGCCCUCUUCAUCCAGCCCUACUGGAUCGGCGACAGCGUCAACACACCGCAGGCAGGCUACUUCGGCCUUUUCUCCUACUGCGUGGGUAACGUGCUGUCCUCCGAGCUCAUCUGCAAGGGCGGUCCCCUAGACUUCUCCUCCAUCCCUUCUAGAGCCUUCAAGACUGCCAUGUUCUUUGUGGCCUUGGGCAUGUUCCUCAUCAUUGGCUCCAUCAUCUGCUUCAGCCUGUUCUUCAUCUGCAACACAGCCACAGUCUAUAAGAUCUGUGCAUGGAUGCAGCUGGCUGCGGCCACAGGCCUAAUGAUUGGCUGCCUGGUCUACCCUGAUGGUUGGGACUCAAGUGAGGUGCGGCGCAUGUGUGGGGAGCAGACGGGCAAGUACACGCUGGGCCAUUGCACCAUCCGCUGGGCCUUCAUGCUGGCCAUCCUCAGCAUUGGUGAUGCCCUCAUCCUCUCCUUCCUGGCCUUCGUGUUGGGCUACCGGCAGGACAAGCUCCUUCCUGACGACUACAAGGCAGAUGGAACCGAGGAGGUGUGAAGCAGCUGAAGGGUCGGUCAUCUAUUUCCCAGACAGUGGAAAACUAGGGAAUCAAAUUCUUCAGAGAUAAGAACUUGUUCUUCCAAGUUUCCUUGUUCCUGGCUGCUAUAGGUCUGAAGCCUGAAGGCUUUUAUUAUAACACUAAAACUGGACAGUCUCCUGAGACAAGAACUCCUACUGUACUCUUUCCGGGGAAGCAGAACUGCAGUGACCCACUUCAAAGAUAUUCAGAGGCUGAGUGGUGCAGGGAGUGCUCACUUGCUGGGGAUGGGAUCCAAGGCCUCUUCUUAAUUCCGCACAGCAGCAAAUCGCUUCACCUUGUUGAGGCCUCUCCUCUGUAAAGCGAGACGGCUAAAUGGGUCCAUCUCUAGGGGCCUUCCCUCCCAGGUCUGUGUCUGAUAGCACACACACACACACACACACACACACACACACACUCUCUCUCUCUCACACACACACACACAAAUGCCCAACCAGCUCUAAGAGGGCUACUGAAGAGGUGGCUGGACGUGUGCUGGGUCAUUUUUAGGGUGAGGUGUAGGGGGUCUUUUACUUCUCCCUUCUCAUAUUUUGUUUUCUUAUAUGCUCAAGGUAGGUAAGGAAUGGAGGGGCCAUCAGAACCUGAAUCCUUUAACAUCCACCAGGAAGUUUUAUGAAGAGUGGGUGAUAGGAUCUAAAAUCUCUGGAGACUUUUUUCCUCUUGGGAACCAAAUAUCACAUUUCCUUAUGGUGCCCACACUGACUCAACCAGAACUGGCUACCAGCUUCAGAAAUGUGUUACUUACAUUCAAGUAAUUUGUUAUAGGAAUAGAUGACUUUUUUUUUCAAAAACUUUGGAUUUGGCAUAUAGUCAUCUAUAGGGGGAUUGGUUCCAGGAUCCCCUGCAGAUGCCAAAAUACAUGGAUGCCCAAGUCCUCAGCUAAAAAUGGCGUAGUAUUUGCAUAUAACCUAUGCACAUCCUCCUGUAUACUUUAAAUCAUCUCUAGAUUACUUAUAAUACCUAAUACAAUGUAAAUGCUAUGUAAA